GCCGCAGCAGCCAAUCACAGCGCGAGUAGCUGCGGUUAUAAACCCUCCUGCUGCGUGUGGAGCUGUCCACCCCACAGUCCUAGGAAGCGCUGAACCUCCAAACAUCUCCGAUUUACCUCCACCGCGAAGAUGGCGACUCGGACCAUGCAGGCGGCGCGUUGCCCGACGGACGAGCUGUCGCUGACUAACUGUGCCGUGGUCAGCGAGAAGGAUCUGCAGUCAGGACAACACGUGGCGGUGAAAACCACACCAAACCACAAGUUUGUGUUCACCGUCAAGACCCAUCAUACCAUAUCCGCUGGGAGCAUCGCCUUCAGCCUGCCGCAGAGGAAGUGGGCGGGUCUGUCCAUCGGCCAGGAGGUGGAAGUGUCCAACUACAACUUUGACAAGUCCAAGCAGUGUAUCGGCGCCAUGACCAUCGAGAUCGACUUCCUGCAGAAGAAGAGCACUGACUCGUCCCCGUACGACUCGGACAAGAUGGCUGCAGAGUUCAUCCAGCAGUUCAACAACCAGGGCUUCUCCGUCACGCAGCAGUUGGUGUUUAGCUUCUGUGACAAGCUGUUCGGUGUGAUGGUGAAAGAUAUCGAGGCCAUGGACGCCAGCAUCCUCAAGGGAGACACGCCCUCUGGGAAGAAGCAAAAGAUCGACAUCGGUCUGAUGGUGGGCAACAGCCAGGUGGUGUUUGAGAAGGCGGAGAGUUCUUCCCUCACACUAGUUGGUAAAGCAAAGACCAAGGAAGCCCGGCAGACCAUCAUCAACCCAGACUUUAACUUUGAGAAGAUGGGAAUCGGAGGUCUUGACAAGGAAUUCUCCGAUAUUUUCCGCAGAGCCUUUGCAUCCCGCGUUUUCCCUCCUGACAUUGUCGAGCAGAUGGGGUGUAAGCACGUGAAGGGCAUCCUGCUGUUCGGACCUCCGGGAUGCGGUAAAACCCUGAUGGCCAGGCAGAUCGGGAAGAUGCUCAACGCCCGGGAACCCAAGGUCGUCAACGGUCCAGAGAUCCUCAACAAGUAUGUGGGAGAGUCUGAGGCCAACAUCCGUAAACUGUUCGCCGACGCAGAGGAGGAGCAGAAGAGGCUGGGGUGCAACAGCGGCCUCCACAUCAUCAUCUUUGACGAGCUGGACGCCAUCUGCAAGCAGAGGGGCACGGGCGCCAGCAGCACGGGCGUGCACGACACCGUGGUCAACCAGCUGCUGUCCAAGAUCGACGGGGUGGAGCAGCUCAACAACAUCCUGGUCAUCGGAAUGACCAACAGGCCCGACCUGAUAGACGACGCCCUCAUGAGGCCUGGCAGAUUCGAGGUGAAGAUGGAAAUCGGUCUGCCCGAUGAGAAGGGCCGCGUCCAGAUCCUGAACAUCCACACCACCAAGAUGAGGAACUUCAACCUGCUAGCGGGCGACGUGGACGUCAAAGAGCUGGCAGCAGAGACCAAGAACUACAGCGGUGCCGAGCUGGAAGGGCUGGUCAGGGCGGCCCAGUCCACCGCCAUGAACCGCCACAUCAAGGCUACAUCUACAGUGGAGGUGGACAUGGAGCGAGCAGAGAAGCUGCAGGUCACCCGGUCGGACUUCAUGGGAUCCCUCAACAACGACAUCAAACCGGCAUUUGGUACAAACCAAGAGGAUUAUUCCAGCUACAUCAUGAACGGCAUCAUCAAAUGGGGCGACCCGGUCACCCACGUCCUGGACGACGGAGAGCUGCUGGUGCAGCAGACGAAGAACAGCGACCGCACGCCGCUGGUGGCCGUGCUACUGGAGGGACCACCACACAGCGGGAAGACAGCCCUGGCAGCUAAGAUUGCCGAGGACUCUCAGUUCCCCUUCAUUAAAAUCUGCUCUCCAGACAAGAUGAUUGGACACUCAGAGAUCUCCAAGUGUCAGGCAAUCAAAAAGGUCUUUGACGAUGCCUAUAAGUCCCAGCUCAGCUGUGUGGUGGUGGACGAUAUUGAGCGCCUGUUGGACUACGUCCCCAUCGGGCCUCGCUUCUCCAACUUGGUUCUGCAGGCUCUGCUGGUGCUGCUGAAGAAACCUCCCCCCAAGGGCCGGAAGCUGCUGAUCAUCGGGACAACCAGCAGGAAGGAUGUGCUGCAGGAGAUGGAGAUGCUGGAUGCCUUCAGCACCACCAUCCACGCCCCCAACAUCUCCACCGGGGAGCAGCUCGUUGAAGCCUUAGAGCUGCUCGGGAGCUUCUCGGAUAAAGAGCGAGCCAGCAUCGCACAGCAGCUCAAAGGGAAGCGGGUUUGGAUCGGCAUCAAGAAGCUGCUCGUGCUCAUCGAGAUGUCGCUGCAGAUGGAUCCGGAUUACAGAGUGUCCAAGUUCCUGUCUCUGCUGAGAGACGAGGGCGCGAUAAAUGAAGGAGACCAAAUCCGAAUCUAAGCGGUUGCUGUGUCACUGUGCUGUGUGCUGUGACCGCAGCUUCUAUGAAUAGAAGAAUGAAGGCACCAUCUCCCCAUCUAGAAGCGACCCGCAGGAGAAGAAGAUGGAGAAACCGUCUGAUCUAUCA